GGCUCGUGGUGUAAACACACGAGGUAAAAUAUAUAAAUUAGUAUUGUUUAAAUAUCUUGGAAAUUCAUCCGUCGGGAGUUUGUGUUGACUGUUCCGCCUUUAUGAAGUUUGUCCUUUGCGAGUUGCUGUAACAGUAAUCAACCUCGUUUCUAUGGAAACCGUGGGACGCAGAAGCGACGCUAACGACCGUUCACAAAAUGACAGACACUGAGGGACUUUACAAAGUCGUUGUACAGGAGUUAGAAAAUGUUGUCACGUGUGACUGCGGUGAAAGUGAUGACGAGCGAGAAAGUUUAGUUCGUCACGAGGAAACGGUGUCUGACGACAUCCCACCGUCUCUGCUCAGCUACUGUCAGGCCUCCAGAACCAGAGCAGACAUGUGGGAGGAGUUCAUCCUGGAGGAGGGUGAAGGUACUGAUGAGUCAAAGUUUCAAAGUGAUGUGGAGUUGGAGGAGAAUGUGGAAGUGAAGAAUCUGAAAACGUCUCCCACAGACGACGAGGUGAGGAGGAGCAUCGACUAUGAGAAGGUCAGAGAAGAGCAGCACAGUCAGGAGACGGAGACGGAAGAGGACAAAAUGAAACGGAGACAACGUGACUUUCAGGAGGAGCUGAGGAAAAUCAUGGAGGCGGAGAAGAGACAUCAGAAGGACCUGGAGAUGAUCGAGAGGAGAGCUCAGGAAAGACUGGAGCUGGAGUUUCACCUUCAGCAGCAACUGAUCAAAGAUCUGCAGAAACGAGUGAACGAAGAGAGGAGGAUGAACGAGGAGGAGCAGAAGAGGAUACAAGAAGAGCGGGAGAAGAAGAUGAGGGAGGAGCAGAAGAGGAGAGAAGAAGAGGAAAGAAGGAAGAGGAAGUGGGAGGAAGAGGAGAAAGUCAGGAGAGAGGCGGUGAGAAAAAGGAUGGAGGAAGAGAGGAGGCAGGAGGAGAAGAGGAGGCAAAAGGAAGAGGACAGGAUAAGGAAAGAAAUGGAACGGAAUAAGGUUGAGGAAGAGGAGAGGAGGAAGAAAAACGAGGUGGAGAUCAUCAGAAAGAUCACAGAAAAACAAAGGAUGGAGGAAGAGAGGAAGAAGAAGGGUGGAGAGGAUGAGAAGAGAAAAAGUGAAGAAAAGACACUCAUAGAAAAGAUAAGAGCAAAACAGGAGAGGAGGAAGAUGGAGGAAGAGGAGAGGAAGCAAGAAAAGGACAAAAAAUGGAAACUAGACAGUAUGAAAAAUGAGGAAGAAGAAAAAAAGCUGAAGGAAGUAGGACACAGGACAGAGGAAACAGUGAACUGGUCAAAGGAAGAGGAAUCAAAGAAGACGGAUGAUGAGGAGAGUUUGGGAACGAAGAAAAACACAACAAGAGAAGAAGAUGAACCGAGGACAGGAGAAGACAUUGGACAAAGAGAGACAGAAGUGAAAGGAAUGAGUGAUGAGAGCCGUCUGAACCGAGAGGAAGAGCAGAUGAUGGCUGUAGGACUGGGAGUGAGGAGUAGAACAGAGGAGAUAAGGAACAAAGAAGAGGAGGAAACAGAAACGUUCACCGUGACAGUUACACAGAUGAAGAGAAGAAAGGAUGAAGAGGAAGAGGAAAAGAGUCCAAGGCUGGACGGUGAAGACGAAACGAAGGACGGAGGGAAGACAACGAGAACUGAAGAACAGGGAAGGUGUCCAGAAGAAGAACUGGAGAAUGAAAAGAACUUCAAUAAAACAGAUGAAGAAGAGAAGAACAAAACAGAUGAAGAAGAAAAGUGUGAUGAGGAUAAAAGAAAGAAGAAGGAAGAGUUGUCCAGACCAGAGCAGGAGGAGGAGGAGGAGGAGGAGAGAGGAAAUGAGGACGUAGAUAAUGGUGAUGAAGAAAAAACAAACACAGAAGGAGAACCAAUCAGAGAAGAAACAACAACCAUCAUCCCGCUGACCUCCUCUGGGCCCAGUUGUUUAGUCCCUGACUCCAGAACCAGUCCCAGCAGCUCCUCUGAAGAACCUGAGCUCCUGAAGGAAACCAGCCAGACCUCUGUACCUCAGACUGUGGACCAGGACCUGGCAGCUGUGUGUCUUCCUGAGCAGACGGAGCAGAAAAGACUGUCAUGGAUGAAAAACUGCACCUCGUGGUCCAAACUAUCUGUGCAGAACAAGAACAAGAAGAAGACAGAAGGAGGUGCGGGCGGUGGACGAGGAGCCUACAGAACCUCCAGGUGCAGCGGUCUCCCUGCUCUGUGUCCUCAGACUCUGCUGCAGGCCACAGGUUGUACAUCCCUACAACAGCUGACCUCAGUGACCCUGGAGGACCUACCUGGCUGCAGUUUAUCAACACUUGCUCAGUGUGGCCGUCUUCAGUGUCUCACUCUGAGACGCUGUGGCCUGAAGUCCUUAGACAGCAUCAGCCUCUUACCAGAGCUCUGCUACAUAGACGUGCAGGAAAACGAGAUCUCAUUUAUGGACUGUGGAAACAUGACCAGCUUACGAGUUCUUCGACUCGGCCACAACAAGUUGACGUCAAUCCACGGUUUGGCUGGUGCUCAGAAUUUGGACCUUCUGGAUCUUUCCCACAACUCCAUCACCCGCAUUGCUGGUCUGGGGUCAGUGAAGAGACUGCAGUCGCUGUCUUUGAGUCACAACCGUCUGGUCAGCACUAAAGGCCUGAGGGACGUCUCCACCCUCCUUCACCUGGACUGUUCUCACAACUACCUGGCAGCAGUGGAGGGUUUGGAAAACAACGUGCUGCUCCACACACUGGACCUGAAGUCCAACAGUCUUGUUGAGGCCCCCAGUCUGACCAACCAUGUCCUCCUCAGAGACCUUCAUCUGGACGAAAACAGCAUCUCGUCUCUGCAGAGCCUCACUGACAGCUGGCUCCCCCUACUGCUGCAUCUCUCUGCAGCUCAAAACAGAAUCACCGUCCUCUCCUCCAUGUCUGAUUUUAUUUCCCUUGCAAAACUGGACCUUCAGUUCAACUGCAUCUCAGAGCUGAACAAUAUGUGUGAGAGUCUGGAAGGAUGUUCGUCUCUGCAAGAAAUCCACCUGAGAGGAAACGCACUGCAGCAAGAAAACAACUGGAGAUCUGCGCUCCAGAAGACUGUGACAGGCCUGAGGAGCAUCGACGGAGAGGAGACAGACUCCCCUCUGUCGGCCCCUGCUGUUCAACAGGUCAGCCUGGCCCCAGGCAGCUUCACAACGUUUUGCCAGGCUCAUCUGAAACAGACCGGUGAUUUACAGCAGCAGCACAGCACGGAGGUCAGUAAGGCCUCAUCCUGUCUGGAUGCUGUGAAGACCUCCUGUCGUCACUACACUGAACGUCUGAAGCUGGCGGUGGAGCAGAGAUUGGCUCAUGAACAUGGAAACACCGUGACGUCUGUGGACGCAGCACUGCUGGAGGAAACUCUGGACGAGGACAGUUCUGACGCUGAGACACCUGCAGUUCCGUCACAGGGGGCGUCUGCUGCAGCAGAAGCAGCUGUCACUCAAAGUCAGAACAAGACGAAGAGCGGCUACUGGAGCGUCGAGGAGAAAUCACCGGGAGCGACAGGUCGUCACUCGACCCAUCGGAAACUGCCCCCUGUGUCUGAUGAUCCAGACCAGGUCUCCAUUAGCAGCAUCACACACAGAUGGAACGGUGGGAAUAUCAUCAGCCCGUCCACCACUGAGACUGGAGGAGAGGGAGAAGACAAAGAGCCAAUCACAGGCUGCUCUGAUGCUGAUAGACCACGUUUGGCAGCCACUGUUAUACAGGCGUUCUGGAGGGGCUUCACUCUGAGGAGGAGGCUUGCAUCUGCUCUGGCUGCUGUCACAUGGGCCGACGGCGCCGAGGAAGAACCCUUUGAGGAGGUUGACGUGGACGAAUUUGUCUUUGAUGAGGCAGCUGAAGACACGUGGACGGUGUCACCUUUUGAAGCCGCAGCAUCAGGUCAUCUCCACCUGUCAGAGGAGCCGAUCUCUGUGAGGCGUCAACAACAUGAACUUUACCACACAUCUGAGAGGAGACCAGUGGAGGCCUGGCUGGAUGAAGGACAGGAGGACACCUCUGAGGAGGACGCCACCAACAGAACUAAACCUGCGGCAUCUUCUACGCUCAGUGGUAUCUCUGCAAGAUCAGAAAGAAUCUUGGAAGAAUGGAAUUUUAAAAACAACAAAACAGCUCUUCUGAUGCUGAAGAGAGCACAGAAGAUGAAGUCCAGGAAACAGCAGCAGAAGAACCACUGGGAUCCCUCCGUGUGCCAGCAGGGUCCGGCCGAGACACGAAACAGGCCUGCAGCGCGCAGGAGGAGCUAUAUGAAAGUGAGUAAAACAGAACAAACAGAGCAGAUGGAGAGAGUGAAGCUGGACCAGGAUCAACAGAGGCUGCUCUGCCAGAGUGACCGCGACCUGGAACUGAGCGAUUGCUUCUUACCCAAGAUGAGCUCAGACAUCCUGAAGGGCGGCAGAGUUCAGCUGGUGGUUGACCCGUCGUACUCUGAGUCUGGGCUGUGGGUCAGCAACAGUCAGGUUGUCCAGUCCAGUAAAGGGAAGAGUUGCCUACGGAGAACCACAGCAGCUGGUGCACGAGACGAGCUGCAGACUGAACGACUACCGUGGAGUCACAUGUUCAAGUCUUCUCCUGGACUUCACCUGGUCUUUGAGUUCCUGUUUGACUUUGAUCUGCCAGACUCUCUCUGUCCUUUAAUGUCAUCUGGGCUGAAAAAGAACAAAAUGCAGAAAAAGAGGUUCCAUCUCCAAAACGAGUCAACUUUGCUCCGAACGUAACGGAGCGGAUCUCCUUCAGAGACAACCCUCUGCAGCUGAGCGGGGGAUGGGGAAGUGGCAAGAAGAGGGAAAACGUCUUCAAGUAAAAUCUGAAGCCGAAGAAACCUGUGGCCUUCAACGUGCAGUAUCAUCUGAUGAUGAGAACUUUUGCACUUUUCUGUUUCGAUGGUAUUUCAUGGUCUGGGCUCGAUCCGUUUGACCUUCCUCUGCUGGAGUUUAAUCAGAGCCAUUAAAAGGAGGAACAGCCCAAACAUCCUGCGGCUCCUCUGCUGCUCGGCUCCAGUGUCGGCGAAUGACUGUGACUGCACUGGACCGGUAUCAACCACCAGAACACAUGGAGCCGGUUCACACGGCUUCACCAAUGACACGCUCCGUAUGCAAAUGACACCAGGAAAUAAGAAGCAGCAGCCGAGGCACCUGAGGUCACAUGUGAAACGCACGCCGACCACGUCUCACGCUGAACCGUUGAAAGUUAAACGUUUACUUCAGAAACUUAACGUACAUGUUCAGCUGAGUUGGACCAACAGGGGGCGCUGUAACGGCUGCUGUUUUAGGCCAAACCCAAACAUUGACGUUAGAAUUAGAGGCCUGUUGUCUUUGUUCUCAGCCCUGGACCACGAGCGUCUCCUCUGGUGUGUUUGGACCGAGGCUCGGCUGCCUGGGAACCAUCAAUUCAUGUCAAAACAAAUAUUCCGAGCUGCAGAGUGGCUCCCUGGCAGGAAAUGCAACUCUGUUUAUUUUGCUUCUAUGUUUCACGUGUCUGUGGGUGUUUUGACUGAACGCGAGCUGAGGGGGAUUUUCACCACCAACCCUGUCAGUCUGGAGUCUGUUGAUGAACUUAGACACACAGAUGUAGACUAAUCUGAAUGAUUUCAUUCAUUAUUUAAUUCUGACUCAAACUGGACCCCCCCCCUCCACCCCCCCUUCAACAGGUUAAUAGCUAAUGCUGCAAAUCUCGACUGAACUUUAUUUGUAGCAUUUAUGUAAAACCCAGUGUUGAAGAAAAUCAUCAGAAUGAAUAACAAAGUUACAAAUAACAAAUCAGUGCAACAUUUAAUGAAUCACUGUCAGAAUUAAAGACAAAUAGUGAAACUAAUUAUUCUUAUUUGUUUGUCCGGCCUUGGACCCCCAGUAUACCUCCAGACCACUUGGGGGCGACAGUUUUUCUGCCACAGUGUAAAACAGGUUCAUAUUAAUUGUUUCUUCUUAACCAGAAGUGAAGUUUUUAAAUAAUGCUGAAAUAACAAACUGCAGCUCAUCGUACAAAACUCUAACAUCGGUAUCAAAGAAAUCACAGAUUCACACAGGAAAACAGUUACUAACUAACACUAAACAGUUCUCAUCUUUCAGCCGCUCCGUGAGGAUGAAUUCAUCUGAUGAAUGUAGAAAAUAAAGGAAGAACGUUUUACUUCCAUUUUGUAUAAUCUGUUAGUUUCUGGUUUUUGUUAAAAAUCUCAUUUGAACGAGACGCCACCUUCUGGUCUUCAGUGAUUGGUCAAUCCACGGUGGAUGGUGAGAGCCUUACAUCAAGAAGGUUGCUGGUUUGAUUCCUGGUUGGUGCUCCAGUUCCAGACAUUUUGACUGCAGUGACUGUGAUUGGUUCCCUG